GUCCAUCACCAGAGCCUACUACAGAAACUCGGUUGGCGGACUCCUCCUCUUUGACAUUACAAACCGCAGGUCCUUCCAGAAUGUCCAUGAAUGGCUAGAGGAGACCAAGGUGCACGUCCAGCCAUACCAGAUCGUCUUUGUUUUGGUAGGUCACAAGUGUGACCUUGACACACAGCGGCAAGUCACCAGACACGAGGCUGAGAAACUGGCUGCUGCAUAUGGUAUGAAGUACAUUGAGACCUCAGCUCGGGAUGCCAUUAACGUGGAGAAGGCCUUCACUGAUCUGACUCGAGAUAUAUACGAGCUUGUUAAAAGGGGGGAAAUUUCAAUCCAGGAGGGAUGGGAAGGGGUAAAGAGUGGGUUUGUACCUAAUGUAGUGCACUCUUCAGAAGAAGUGGUGAAAUCAGAUAGGCGAUGUUUGUGCUGAGCUCUUAUGGUGAGGCAAGUGGUGAUGGAACUCUGCUAACCAAACGUACUUUACUAAGUGAACUCAGUGUGACAGAACGGAGAGCAACACUCCCGUUGCAAACAGCCUCCCACCUUGUUUUGGACACCAGAACAGACACUGGAAAGAAAUGUUCUGUUCCAAAUAACCUUUCAGAACUGGGGGGCUGCAAACCUAAAGGAAAGUGAGUGAGGGUGCAUGUAGAUGUUGUAAGGAGACAGGAAGCAGAAAUGAGGGGCUGCAUGAGGCAGGAGAACGUAUACAGGGAGCUGAAUGGGCUGGGACAAGCCAGGGUACUGUACAUGUCCUCUUUUAAGUAAAUCCAUAGCACCAUG